CAAUUGCCCCUUUAAAGAUUGUCUCUUGAGACUACAAGAUGAAGAGAGAGAUGCUCCUGCGCGAGAUGGGAUUGGCCCCUCCCAGUCAUGGCAUACUACUCCCCAGAGGCCAAUCAUGGUACCACAGGCCACACAGCCAGCAGAUACACCUGCUAACUUGAUGUGGGAUAAGUGACGCUGUAUAUCGAUGGAUCUGGACAAUGUUAAAUGUAUAAUUAAUGCCCCACAAUUUCAUAUUUCAGAUAAACCCUCUGAGAUACCACAAUUAAGUUUGAGUAUUGCAGGAAAAAGAAUUCCCUUUUUGGUUGAUACUGGAGCCACUAUGUCCUGUUUAAGGAAAACAGAUUUUGAUUGUCCUAUGAGUAAAAAUACUGUCCAGUCCGUCGGCAUCAGUGGUAAGCCCCAGAUAGACCCUGUUUCACUUCCAUUACAGAUUGAUUUUGAUGAUUAUAAAUUACAACAUUCUUUCAUUGUUAGCGCAACUUCUCCAAUGGCAUUAUUGGGAAGAGACUUAUUAAGUAAAUUGAAUGCAACCAUCUUAUGUUCACAGGAUGGGAUCGAGGUACACAUACCCCCAAAUAAUGCUUAUCAGCUUUUCUCUGGUUGUGUUCAGACAAACCACAUAGCUAAGUCUGUUUUAGAACAAGUUGAGUUUAUCAAAACACUAUCUACCAUUAGUGGUAUAAAGAAAUUAGCUUCUUGUAAUGUAGCCGCUAGGAUUGUUAAUCUGAAACCAAUUGAUUUUCCUUUUUCAGAUAAACUUAUAGAUCCAGAUACCUUGCAGGAAGUGCCAAGGAACAUAUUUAUCUCACCACAUGGGAUUCUGUUAUUGUGGAAGACUACUUCUGGUAACAUUGAGACCUUUGUGUGUGCAGUACGGAAUGAUUUUUCGGAUGUACCACAUUUUAAUGAUUCUUGUACUCAAUAUUUAUUGAAGUCCCCUGAUCAGGAGGAGACUCAUAAAAGUUGCGUCAUCUGGACGUAUGGCGUGGAACCUACUCACUUCUUUAUUAAAGAUUUGCAAACUGACGUGAAACCACAGAUUCGUAAUCAUGGCAAUAUUAAACUAUCAUUAUGUGCACCAUGUAUGUUGCGUGAGGUACCAUCUACUCUAUGGGCACUACAUGCCAACCAUGUAGGCUUAUUGGAUGUACCACCUUAUGAAGCUAUGGUCAAUAUGAGUAAAUAUCCAGUUUACAUUAAACAGUAUCCUUUAUCCAAAGAAAAAGAGGGGAUUAAACCUGUCAUUGACAGUUUAUUACAGCAAGGUGUUAUAUGUAAAGCUCAGUCCCCAAAUAACACUCCUAUUAAUCCCAUUUUGAAACCAGGUACUAACAAGUAUCGCUUUACACAAGACUUGAGAAAGAUUAAUGAAGCAGUCAUACCUAUUUCACCUAUAGUACCUGACAUUAAUUCAAUAUUAACAGCAUUACCAGCUGACUCUAAGUGGUAUACAGUGGUGGACCUCUCCUCUGCAUAUUUCUCAAUUCCAAUACAUAAAAAUACCCAACCAUUAUUUGCAUUCACAUUUCAACAACAACAGUAUAUUUGGACACGCCUUCCAAUGGGUUAUGUUGACUCAGCAGUUGUCUACAGUGCCAUGGUAAAUAGACAUCUGGCCCAGUGUCCCUUCCUUGUAACUCAACCUUAUUGCAAUAUGUGGACGACUUUCUGGUGGCGGCCAGAAAUGAGACAGAAUGUGUCUCAGAUUCGAUAG